AUGUCGGGGUUACUAUCCAAGUUUGGGUUCGCAGUCGAGGAGCUGAAGCCGAAAAAAGGUGGACAACCCGUCCAUGGCUCAUCCAUUCCGCUCAUUCUGCCGAACGACCUGAAGUACAACGCGUCCACCGGUGCUGUCGAGAAAAUACAGGACGAACAACGGGCUACCCUACAUGGCGUUCCCCAAGCGUUAGAACUACUGGAGGGGAUCGAGGAGCCCGUGAGUGUCAUCUCUAUCUGUGGGCCCUGUCGGACUGGGAAAAGCUACAUCCUGUCCAGGUUGCUGGGGACAGCUGAUGCCUUUGCGCUGGGCCAUCGCAUGGACCCCCAGACGUUUGGUAUCUGGAUGGGCACCAAGGUGCUGCGGGGGAAGGACUUCACUAUUGUGCUACUGGACACGGAGGGAAUAGACGCAAUAAGUGCCAGUGCUGGCCAGGACGCCUCUAUCCUGGUGAUGACCAUCCUACUGUCGUCACAACUCAUCUACAACUCACUCAACGUGCCGUACAAGGGGGAUCUGGAAAAGCUACAGUGCUUCGUCCAGUUGGCUUCAGGAAUCACGGUGAAAAAAGGAAAGGGGCAAGACGUUUCAGCAUUCCGUGAGUUCUUCCCAGACUUCCUGUGGCUGCUGCGUGACGUGGCUCUGAAGAUGGAGGAUGAUGAUGGCAAGGAAAUGACACCAACAGAAUACUUGGUGACUAAGGUCCUUAAUGGCAAUCCCAAUGCUUUCGAAGAGUCAAAAAGUGACAAAGUAGGACGGGCCAUCCUCACAUUCUUCCCAUCCGUGGAGUGUGCCAUCUUGGUACGGCCCUCUGGGGACACGGAGGUGAUGAAGAACAUAGCUCAGCACAAGGACAACCUGAUCCCAGAAUUCAACAAAGGGGUAGAUGAGCUCACAGAGACGUUGUUGCUCAAGGCACGUACAAAGAAAGGUUAUGACAAGGCCUCAACUGUUAAUGGUGUGGCUCUCAGCAUCAUGACCAAAGGAUAUCUGAAAGCGGUCAAUGACCCCAACGCCAUCCCUGCCCUGGACAACACCUGGCAGAACACCAUAGAGGUUAUGCGGGGCAGGGCCAUUGAGGAGGUGGUGGCGGAGUACAACAAGCAGAUGCAGGCAAAGGUUGCUGAAGCCACCAAGAAUGGCAUCCCGUUGGAGGAAGAUGGUCCUUCACCCGAUAAAAAACAACCUAGUACGCUCAUGGACCUCCACAACGCGGCGUUCAAAGACGCCACAGCCAUGUUUGUGGAGAAGGUCGGCCAUUUUGGCAUAAGCUCAGAGAAACAGGGUCCUCAGGAGCGCAACGCGGUGGUGGACCAAAUGCAAAAACGCUUGGUUCAAAGAGAGGAGCGUACGGUCGAGUUUGUGGCAGAAGACGGCAUCAUCCAGAAGAAGAAGGGAUCCUUCGUUACUGGCGGAGAGCUUCACCAGUACAUCCAGGCGAACAAGCAACACUCCUGGAGCUUCUGUCAAGAGCUCUUUGAAUACUUGUUUGACCCAAUAAGAAAACAUGCAUUGUCGCCUCCUUCUGGUUACGACUUCAAACAGCUGAUGAAAGAGCUGGACCAUGCACGCCAGCAGUACAACGAGCAGGCGCGUGGUCCGGAGAAGUGGGUUGUUCUGAAAGAAAUGACCAAAACCAUAGAGAAGAUGAAGGUCGACUUUGAGAAGAUCAAGGGAUAUCAGAAAGAGGUAUUGGAGGAACAACAGAAGGUACAGGCGGCAGAGGUCAAAGCCAAGGAACAGGCCAGGGAGAUGCAGCAGCUGAUUAACCAGGCAAAGGACAGGGAGAAGGCCCAGCAGGAAACUUUGCAGAAAGUGCUGCAGCAGAACAAGGAGCAGAUGGAGACGAUGAAGCAACAAGAGACGGAGCGACUCAGGCAGGAGGAGAAGAAGGUCCAAGAACUGAAAGAUGCACGAAGGGAGGAACAGGCUCAACGAGAAAAGGAUCGCAGUGAGAGGGAACAUGCCAAGAUGAUGGAAGUGAUGAUGGGCAUGCAGCAGCAACAGACAGAAAUGAACAGGCAUAUGUUGGACAUGAUGGGUCGAGUUAUGGAAAAAACUGCAGCUCCACCAGCUCCACCUCCCAGUAAGUGCCCCAUCUCGUAGAGGUGACCAUAUUGCUUCUGCAAACAACACGAAUACCAACGUGUUGAUCUCAAUUAUAACUGUUGUUGAGCAAUAAGCCACAGCGGUACGUUUAGUGAUUUUGCGUUAGCUAAAUAUACUGUUACAGCACAAGCAAGUUUGGAAAUAUCCUUAUGAUAUAUUAGGGCUCUCAUAUAUCAGCUUAUCGGUACUUUGGUAUCAGAGUGCCUAGAAUGUGUUUUAUGUGAAGCUUGAGUGUACUUAGAAUUUGGUGUGUCACCGACAGUGUGUGUAGUAUGUGGAUAUCUGAAUUUGUCUGUGAAGAAUAAUGUCAACGUAGGUGCAUAAAAGGAGCUAAGCAUAUAUCUUAUGCAAUUUUCUCCACAAUUUGUUCAAAUCACAUCGUGAAUGUAAAGAACCAUGUUAUUUGAUGAAUUGAACUGUUGAUAAACGUAUGUCUGAAAUCUAACUAGGUUCAAUUUAAACAUGUCAAUACAUUUGAGAAAUACUCACUAACUUUGCACCAAAUGGAUCUGAUAACGAUUUGACAAUGACAAAGAUUCUACAAUGGAAGUUUAAGUACCUUGUCAACAUCAAAGUAUCUAUAUCAAAUGUAUUCAUUCCUAAGUUUUUUUUUACACUUUAUUCGACUGUACUAGUGAUCCA